AGAUAUGACUACUAUCAGACCGACACAGCAGUCAAUCUUUCCGUCUUCGUAAAAGGUCUCACAGAGAAUGACGUUGACAUCAAGUUUGGAGAGCAUAGCCUCUCAUUGACGCUUCACAGUCCUAGCGCACCUCCCCAAUCACUGGAGCUACAGCUGCACGACGACAUCGAUGGGAGCAACUCUUCCUUCAAGGUUUUGUCCACAAAGGUCGACAUCUUGCUCAAGAAGAAGCUUCCGGGAAGGCGGUGGCCGAAUCUGGAAGCUCAGGCUGGUGGAGCUGCAACAGGAUCCUCGGCAGAUGGUCCUCUAGCACAUUCAUCGGCUCCCGCGUCUUCUGGCGCCGCUGGAAGCCGCCCGCGCUCCAAAUGGGAUAAACUCAAGCUCGAAGAAGACGAAGAUGGCACAGGGGACGCAGCAGCAGGCGGGACCGCCUCAACGGCCAAGGGCUCCGAGGGUGGCAUCGACGCCUUCUUCCAGAAGCUAUACGCCGAUGCAGAUGAUGACACAAAGCGGGCGAUGAUGAAGAGCUAUCAGGAGAGUGGUGGGACAAGUCUGAGUACCAAUUGGAGUGAGGUGGGCAAGGGAAAGAUGGAGACGAAGCCGCCCGAGGGGAUGGAGGCUAGGAAGUGGUAA